AUGGGCAUGGACACUGACAUGAUGGUAAGCCGACCCACAGUGCCCUCAUCUACCGAGAUUGGCGAUGUUACCACCAUCCAGCAGGGAGUCGUUGGCGACGACGAUCGACCACUAGACAAAUGGGCCAAAAUGAUGUGGGAAACGCUCUGGAAGACCGCAGCAAAGGUUGUGUUCCUGAAGGGCAAACUUCUCCCCAAGCUGUUGAAGAAGCAGCCGGUGAGAGAGCUUAUGGCCCCGCCCGGUUUCUUCUUUUCCGGCAAGCGGGAGGAGGAACGAAUCUCUGACGGGAUUUCCAACAUCGAGUCGGCAGUUAUCCAAUGCUUGGGGGUCGUCCAGGACCACCAAUGCACAAACUGCCUAAAGUUCGAAGGCCCCUAG